CUCUCCCAUUUUCCACACAAAGAAAGCACAGCGCCCCUCACAGGAAUGGAGGUGCACAUUGCCGCUAAACCAAGCAUCGCCAUAUUGAUGUCCCAACAACGUCGAGAGGGCAUAUGACAGUGGGAAUCCUAGUGAUGACUCUACUGAGCCCUGUGCCCCCUGAUUAGACUGGUUGGAUGUCCUCCUUAACAACUACAACAAUCAGCCUCGACCAAACCAACGUAGCAUCAGCUCUGCAGCGACCCCACCUGUCACCUGCAGCUUGGAGGAAACCUCCAAGGUGAUCCAGAGAACAUCCUGUGUAUAAUAUGUCCGGCUCUGUCACAAGCCGCUCUCGAGUUUACCCUGAUGUGAACACACAGAGGCCUCGGGAGUACUGGGACUACGAGUCCCAUGUGGUGGAAUGGGGGAACCAAGAUGACUACCAGCUGGUGCGCAAACUAGGACGAGGCAAAUACAGUGAGGUGUUUGAAGCCAUAAAUAUCACCAACAAUGAGAAGGUUGUUGUCAAAAUACUCAAGCCAGUCAAAAAGAAGAAAAUCAAGAGGGAAAUCAAGAUUCUGGAGAACUUGCGAGGCGGUCCCAACAUCAUCUCACUUUUAGACAUCGUCAAGGAUCCUGUGUCUCGAACUCCCGCGCUGGUUUUUGAGCAUGUAAACAACACUGAUUUCAAGCAACUGUAUCAAACUUUAUCAGACUUCGACAUACGGUUCUACAUGUUUGAAAUCUUGAAGGCCCUUGACUACUGUCACAGUAUGGGGAUCAUGCACAGAGAUGUCAAGCCACACAAUGUGAUGAUUGAUCAUGAACACAGAAAGCUCCGCCUGAUCGACUGGGGCUUGGCAGAGUUCUACCACCCUAACCAGGAGUACAAUGUGAGAGUGGCCUCGCGCUACUUCAAAGGACCUGAGCUGCUGGUAGACUACCAGAUGUAUGACUACAGUUUAGACAUGUGGAGUUUGGGCUGUAUGUUGGCCAGCAUGAUCUUCAGGAAGGAGCCUUUCUUCCAUGGACACGACAACUACGACCAGCUCGUACGGAUCGCUAAAGUCCUCGGCACAGAGGACUUGUAUGACUACAUCGACAAGUACAACAUUGAACUAGACCCACGGUUUAAUGACAUUCUGGGCAGACACUCCCGUAAGAGGUGGGAGAGGUUUGUGCACAGUGAGAACCAGCACCUGGUGAGCACCGAGGCACUGGACUUCCUGGACAAGCUGCUGCGUUACGACCACAACGCUCGCCUCACGGCCCGGGAGGCUAUGGAACACCCAUACUUCUACCCCGUUGUUAAAGAUCAGGGGAGGGGCAGCACUCCUGGAGGAAUGGUUACCAGCUCCACUCCAGUCAGCUCUUCCAGUAUGAUGGCAGGUAUCACCUCCACAAAGGCACUGGCUAACAACACUGGAUCACCUGUCAUUUCUGCCCCCAACACUCUGGCCCCACAAGUCCCAGCGGCCGGGGCACAGCCCUGAAACCUCCACCCCCUCCUCCCAGCGGCCGCCGUGGCACAGCCCUGAAACCUCCACCAGCGGCUGCCGGGGCACAGCCCUGAAACCUCCACCUCCUCCUCCCAGCGGCUGCCAGGGUACAGCCCUGAAACCUCCACCUCCUCCUCCCAUCAGCCACCGGGGCACAGCCCUGAAACCUCCACCUCCUCCUCCCAUCAGCCACCGGGGCACAGCCCUGAAACCUCCACCACCUCCUCCCAUCAGCCACUGGGGCACAGCCCUGAAACCACCACCUCCCAUCAGCCACCGGAGCACAGCCCUGAAACCACCACCACCUCAUGGGACCUCCUCACCUAUGUUUGUGUGGGCCUGUGGUUCGGUUCAGCCCACCCCACUCUAUACUAUGUGUUGGCCUGGCCCGUGGGUUUCCUUUUUAUUACGUUGAGAAGAAUGACGGAGAAAAUAUGUUGAAAUUGCUUUUCCCUGUUCAGUUAUAUUUUGAGAUCUGGACUUGACAUUUUUUAUUGUCGCACCUGUCUGGAUGAUUGGUCUAGGAAUUCUAAUACAAUGUAGACAUGAUGAUGAAGAAGAAGAGAAUGGAUAAUAACAUUUAUUUUGUAUGUCCCAAAUAUACAGUCUAGCUUGAAACAGUUUGUUUGGGGAUUCCUGCUGUUGCAAUACACUGAACCUGUAGACAACUUCACAAAACGAGACAGGAUUCUCUGAUGUAGCCCCCACUUGGCAGUGCUGGAUAGUUGCUCACACACUACUGUUAAGUGCAGGAGUUACCGGUGUUUUGAAGUUGUUAGAAGCUAUCGUACUUGGAUUGAACAUCUGUAGAUACUCUACAGUAACUGUUAGGUUGCAUGCACCAAAUGCUGACUAUCACAGGGUCAAUAGUUUGCCAAUUUGGUGUUACUUUCACUUCUGUAUACAUGUUUGUUUGUUUUUUAAUGCGGUCUCUUACACAUGAUUUUGAAUACAUAGGCAAUUUUGUAACUUUUGGUUUUUAUUUUGGGAGGAGUCUUAUCACUUGCAAAAAAUAAUCGACUUCAUAAAUAAACAAUUUUAAACAGGCA